AAAGAUCUCCGCUUCGAGAGUCAUCUGCAAGUUAUGCUGUCUUGGGAAGACCCUGACUUAUCAUGGGACACAUCAGUCUAUCAUCAUGAUAUGGUGGUCCUGCCUGUCAGCAAAAUCUGGACUCCUGAACUCCAUGUGACUAAUGGAGUGCAAACAACGAUAAAGCACAGCAACAAGGAUUUGCUGGUGCACAGCAACGGGACUAUAGAGCACAUGGUCAUCAUGAACACUGUGGUGGGCUGUGAGGUCAAUCUGUACAAUAACCCCUUCGCUUCAAAUUUCUGCCCCAUCGCCAUCAAUGUAUGGGCACUUAAAGGAUGUGGCAUGUUCCUGAACUUUGGGGCUGUGAGCACAACUAGUGCAAACCGUGGGGACUGGCUAACCGAGAACGUGAAACUCGAUGCUAAAGGAGGCAGAGAUGAUCGCAACUAUCUAUGGGUGUCGCUGAAAAUGCGGUCCGAAAACCCGUUUAUGUCCCUGGUCCUGCCCAGUAUACUGAUCAUUGUGGCUGAUGUGGUGAGCUUCGCCCUGCCGCUGGGAGGGGCCGAGCGUAUCUCAUUCAAGGUUACACUGGUUCUCAGCUUCAUCAUGUUCCUCAUCAUCCUCAACGACCUACUGCCUGGAGGAGGCCAGUGCAGCCCCAUCAUCCGGAAGCACUUCUGUUUCUGUUUGGUCAUCCUGGUGUUGAGCACGUUGCAGUCUAUGGUGCUCACACGUCUGGCUAAGUGUGGUACUCUCCGGCCCUGCAGCCUCUCCAAGUCCAAAGACUUGCUGCUUAAAGACACAGACAAUGAAGAGGAAUCCAAGUCUGGUAUUACUGUCAUCAAACUGAAUGCCUCAGAGGAAGAGAAUACACCCUUCCAGGAGGUGGUGAAGUUUCUCAACAAAAUGGCUGCACAAGACCAGAAAAAAGCAAGACGCCAUCGCUUUGCCAACAAAGUGGACUUGAUCUGUUUCUGUAUCUAUCUCACCGUCCUCAUUAUUUACUCAUUCAUCAUUUUAUGUUUCUCCUUUGGUUCUCGAUGUGAGAUCGACCAAUUAGAUUUCUGGUCAUAAAUUCUUUAUUUGCAUUUAACAACCAUAUUUCAAUAAAUAUUGGUGUGUUUGGGUCUUCAGAAAUUUUGCAAGCACUAACAAAAAGCUAGUUUUUUGAGUUUCUGGGUGUAAUAAAUGUUUAUUCUUAAGUAGAGCUUUAAAAAUAUUUAUUUAAACAUGUUUAGAACUAGCCAGUCAUGUGGAAUAAUACAUUUAGCAAUUAGGACUCUAAUGAAUACAUGUAAUGGGGACUGAAGCACUAUAAUCCCCAGAAUAGAGCCCUAGAACUCUAAUGAAUACAUGUAAUGGGGACUGUAGCUGUAGUAUUAGUAGUGUGGAAACAAAUCAACAGUGUGUUAUUUCCUAUAGAGGCAGUGUGAAGGCCUUAUAUUAUCUCCUAACUAAGCAGGUUCUCAACCUCAGGCUGAGAUAUCAAAUAGUUUCACGAUCAUCUCCUCCACCUGCGCUGGGCUGUAUUUGUGGUAUCUCUCAGGGUGUUUGGAGAAAUCAGCAUGGUCACAUCUGUAUAAAGUAAAGGUAAAGGACCAUAAUAAAGGAAUAUCAGGGUA